GAACAGUGUGGACACUGAAAACCUCCAACCAGACCACCAAUCCAGCUUUCGCUUUGGCCCUUUUUGGAUAUUUGACAAACGCUUGUUAUCUCAGAUAACUUGGAAUCAAACCUCUCUUGCUUUUUGCUUUUUCUCACUGGACUUUUUUAUGGUUAUGUGUGGAUUUAUGAUGGAGAAUUAAAAUGGUGAGGAAGAAAAAGCUGCUGGUGUUUGAAAUUUGCGGAAGCAUGAUGUGGGAUGGAUAAACAACGACAAAACUCUGCUAUGGCCUCUAAUGACCCUGACCUUCCUGACCCCUCUGGCGACCCCCAGCCUGGUGACCUCAUUGAGAUCUUCAGACCAGCCUAUCAGCACUGGGCUCUCUACCUGGGAGACGGAUACAUCAUCAACCUGACUCCUGUUGAUGAGAGCCAGGCAGCUGCCAUGUCCAGUGUGAAGUCCGUCUUCAGCAGGAAGGCAGUGGUCCGCAUGCAGCUGCUGAAGGAGGUGGUGGGAAGCGACUCGUACCGUGUCAACAACAAGUACGACCACAACCACACACCCCUGCCCGUCUCAGAGAUCAUCCAGCGAGCGCAAGUCCUCAUUGGCCAGGAAGUUUCCUAUGACCUGCUGGGAAGUAACUGCGAGCACUUUGUUACCCUUCUGCGCUAUGGGGAAGGGGUGUCUGAACAGGCUACACGGGCCAUCGGGGCCAUCAGUUUGGUGACGGCAGCAGCCAGUGCCUUCUCUGUCCUGGGACUGAUCAACACCCGAUCCAGGAACAGGCCUUUCUGAACUGAUGGGUUCUUCACUCAGAGCUGUGUCUCCCAACAUGCUUGUGGCUGGUUUAGAAACAACAACAAAAAUCACUAUGACAUGUAAACAGUCUGAGUACUUGUUGGAAGUUGAAAUAAAGCAUGAAUAAA